UGCCGCAUGCACCUGAGACUGGCGCCGACGUGCCUGAUGCCGACGUUCGGCUGGUGUUAGUCGUCGAAAGGUUGCCGGAGGUCGUGCAGCGUCGUCAGUCAGUCGUGAAGCAGAAUCGUCGAUCACAACGGCGCGGAAUGGAAUCCUAACGAGAAAAAAACGAGAAUCCGGGGUUUCUCUCUCUCGUCGCGAAUGAUCGAACGGUUCUUAUAUCAUCUUUGUCAUAUCCGUCUGUCGCGUCGCUUAUUUAAUAAUGCGCGGUGUUGUUUCGUGACAAAUGUCUUCAUAUCGUCGAACGUGCCGCACGUGAAUGAGCACGCGCCAGUGUGACAACUGCACGCGAUUUCCUUAUCCAGCGGACUGUCAUUUCACGAGAAAGUCGUUGAUUUAACUCGAUAAUUAAUUGAAUAAUCUGCUUUUCUUCUGUUUUGUGAAAACUCAUUAAAUCGAGAAUGGUUAUGAACGUUUCAGAAGACGUUUCUUUUUCCUCUUUCCCGAGAGAGUUGUGUGUCGUCAAACUCGACAUCUUCGAGAAAUUAAAAAUCCGAAUAAAGUGCGGCAUAUUUUUCGAGUUGCUUAAAUCUCAUUUGUUUUCGACAAUGAAAGUCAAGUGAACCGAAAUGCACACCGGCUUGUGUUUUCUACGCUAUUUCGGUUCCCGAAACGAGCCGGCAGUUCCGCUGAUUUUCGUUCAGAGUUUCAAGGAGUGUCGCGCUCGCGCGAAUAGAAAAAGUUCUCAUCGAGCAGAUUUGUCUCACGCUUGCAGCUCGCACAUUUGUGAUUUGGCUCUCCAUUUCCAUAUAAUUUUCUCUGCCAAACGAAAUUUUGCAACGUGUUUACUUAUACGUCAUUUAUCCCAACGUUCUUUUGCAUUCUCGCGGAACCGAUGACAUUUCGGAUAGAAAGACCGAUGGAUAGCGCGCGUCGCGAAAUGAUUUACUUUUCGAAUUUUGGCAAACGCGAUUCCGCAAUCUCUCUUUCUUUUAGCGACGGCGCUUGCUAAAUAAACAGCAAUAUUUUUCCGAGCUUUCGCGAGAAAUUUCAAAAGCUUGGACAGGUGCUUCGUUCUGUCAGAUAGAGGCUCUAUUUCGAAAACUCUAUCGAGUUCUAGAGUCACUUAUUUUCCUGAUGAUAUAUAUUUUUUAACAUAUAAUAUUAUACAAUAAUAGACGUUCCAAGAAUCGGAUUGAAAAAAGAGAAAUAAAUUUAUUUUCGAUGAUGAGAUGAUGCUGGAAAACGCAAGGGGGUGCAAGAUGAAAGAAGAAAGGGAGCGCGAUUAUCUCAUCGGAAAGCGCGUCCGUCGCUAAAAAUAAACGCGCCUCGUGCUUUAAACAUAGUUUUGGCAUGCAGAAACGUCAAACCGCCUCGGAGUGGCAAAGCGCAUGGGUCGUUUCGCGAGUUUCGCAAAGAGCGUGUCAGUCGAAAGAGAGAGAAUCUCGUCUCUCUUUUCCGUGAGAUUAGCUUCUCUAUGCAAUAUUUAAUUGACCGAUUUGUUAUUCCGGAAGAAGGAGCCGUGUGCAAAUCAAAAACAGUUACACAAUAUUGAAAAUUUAUUUUCGCAGAGAAGUGAAUAAAUGUGGAAGACAUGAAAGGCGCACCGGAGAACCGCGAUAAAGAGAAUCAACGACCGAUGGCGGCGGCGCGACCAGUCGACGAAGACACAGCUGACGUUCAGCAGGAAGAUGUGAUGUCAGCCGGUGGUAAUAAAAGCGCGGACGAGGCUGUGAGCGAUGCUUUGUUGGAGAAGCUCCGAAACCACGCGGCGAAACCGCAGGAAACCGGCGACGCGCUCAGGACGACGGUAGCCAAAAUUCACGCGCGUAUCACGUCGUCAGAUCGACGGACACGCGAGCGCACGUUGGAAAAACUCUGGCGCACGAAUGCCGGUGAAUCGUUCAUUAUCUUAUUGGAGAACUGCAAGGACAACGUCGCCAAUUACACCAUCGUUGGUAUACUGCGCGAAUUCAUCUCGCCCCGACUGACCAAAGACAAGUCCAAGGAGAAGGGAAGCAAGAACAAAAGUAACACAAGAACCAGCAGCCGAAUGGCGGUCAUUCACCUCAUCAACUUAGGCGUCACGCAAGCCCUAGUUAAACUUUUAAUAAACCUCCAACAUACAUCAGACACUAUCGUGAGCGAGAUGCUCACUCAAGACGUCCUUUGGCUCUUGGGACAGGUGGCUCAGAGGGACCAGAAGUUUGUGUCAAAGAUAAAAUUGCUCAAUUCCAUAAAAGUGUUUCAUACGCUGUUGAAAGAGCAUCUCAACAACAGCAAGACUUUAUUGGCGCUGUUGCUGAUUAUCAAGACUCUUUCUAAAAACUCUUAUUCCGUGCAAGUGCUGGUAAGGGAUGGCAUCUCUGGCACUUUGGAAAAAACGUUCGUCAGUGUCGGUUACACGCCGCACUUGAAACUGAAAACGUUAAUGGACUGCUUCAAACAUUUAACAAGCAACAAACUUUGCUGCAGCAAAUUCGUCAAGGUGGGAAUGGUGCAUCUGCUGAUGAGAAUAUUCGAGAGAUGGGAGAAAUUCGACGGGCAGUUGCGACUGAAGAUUUGUAAUUACGCUCUUAAUACGCUUCAGCAUCUCUGCGUUACAAAAGCUGGAAGGAGAGCUAUCAAGUCUAACAACGGCCUACAGUUACUGUACCGGUUCUGCACGAACUGUCCAGAGGACAAAGCGUAUGAUUGCCUGCUUUCGCGUAUAUGCGGGAUAAUCAAUCAAUGUCUGGAGAAGAGGGAAUUGCCGGUGCCCGAAAUGUCGCCCGCGAGAUUCGUUCUGCCCGAAGUGAAUGUCAGGGCGAGCAGUGCUGAAAGCUGUAGCGACGUCGACAGCCAGGCGAACAGCGUGACUUCGGCCAGCCGGGUGUACAGCGACGUCGAUUCCGGCGACGACGAGGAGAGCCCCGAUUCCAGAAACACGGCGACGGACACCUCAAUUCAAGUGAGCGACGAAGUGGAUGAAAGCAAAUUCUUCGCCGGGGUUUUCACCUCGGAAAGAUCCGAGGAAGAUCUUGCUGGAUACCACACGUUCUUUGAGGAAUUGGGCGAUUUGCAAACGCAACUACGCGUUGUCGGAUCGUCGAACGACAAAUUGAACGACGACGUUUGUUCAAAGUCUUCGAUGAAAGAUUUUUCCAAAUCCAGCAGCUCGGCAAAAGUCGAUACGCACAGUUUGAAAAUUCUGAAGGACGUCGCAAGCAACGCUUCGAAGCGACACGCGUACUGCACCGUGGCGAGCAGAGUGAGAAGCAUUAUUAACUUUGUGAAGGUCGCGUACCCGGAUAUGAUAGGCGGCGACGGUCUGGGUAAACCGGAGCCGCUGAACGCGAAGGACAGAAAGGUUUGCCGGGCGAAGCUGUUGACCUGCGUGGAGCGAGGCCUCCACGCGGCCGCCACCAUGCAAGAAGUCGUUUACGAUCUGGACGUUCUCGCGAAUUCUCCCAGAAGAAAGGUUUUGGACGACGAGCGAUUCGGUAAUUGGGACGAGAAAAAGAUCGGCAAGCGCGGUCUAAAUGCAAAGCAGUUGCAGUUCGAGUCCAGAUUUGAAAGCGGAAAUCUCAGGAAAGCUAUUCAGAUAGGCUCACGGGAAUACGAUCUCAUCCUGACACCGGACGUGAACAGCGCCUCCAGACAUCAGUGGUUCUACUUCGAGGUGUCCAACAUGGAAGCGGUCGCGUACACGUUCAACAUCAUCAACUGCGAAAAAGCAAACUCGCAGUUCAACUUCGGCAUGAAGCCGAUAUUGUUCAGCGUGACGGAGGCGCAGCGCGGCAGACCGGGCUGGAUGAGAACCGGCGUCGAGAUCUGCUACUAUCGCAACUGCUACCAACGAUCCGCUCGGGGAAAGACGUACCUGACGACGUCGUUCACCGUCGCAUUCCCGCACGCCUACGACGUCUGCUACCUGGCGUAUCAUUUCCCGUACACGUACAGUCUGCUGAUGACCAAUAUCUGGAAAUGGACGAGACAGGUCUCCGCGGCUAGCGUGUACUUUCGCGCGGAAACGCUCUGCGAGACUCUGAACGGCAACGAGAAUCCCGUGAUCACGAUCACGUCGCCGGAUUCCAAGACCAAUCCUAUACACAAUCGCAAGAUGAUCUUCUUGACGUCUCGAGUACAUCCCGGUGAGAGCAACGCCUCCUGGGUGAUGCACGGAACGAUGCAGGCUCUUCUGAGCGACAGUCCGUACGCCAGCAGUCUACGGGACGAUUAUGUGUUCAAGAUAAUUCCUAUGUUAAAUAUUGAAGGAGUCGUGAACGGCUGCAAUCGAUACGGGCUGACGAACGAGGACUUGAACCGACGCUGGAGCAAUCCCAACCAGGUGUAUCAUCCGGUGAUCUAUCACACGAAGGGCUUGAUGGAGUAUUGCGCGAGGGUGCUGCAAAGGCCGCCCCACGUUUUCGUCGACUACCACGGCCAUUCGCGAAGGAAGAACGUGUUUCUGUUCGGCUGCUCAAGGUCGGGUUCCUGGAGCGCCGCGGACAGAACGAAACUGGACCUGCCGAUGCAGUAUUUGAUGUUACCGCAUCUCAUGCAGAAGAUCUCGCCGGCUUUCGCGUUGCCGCUCUGCUCCUUCAAGGUCGAGAGAAACAAGGAAUCCACCGCCAGGGUCGCCGUGUGGCGGCAGUUGGGUGUUUCGAGAAGUUAUACAAUGGAAAGUAGUUUCUGCGGAUGCGAUCAAGGCGCAUUAACGGGAUUGCAUUUCGACACGGAGCACCUCAAAAACAUCGGCAAGGAUUUUUGCCAAGCUCUAUCUAUGAUGAAGAACGACGGUGACGACUGGAUUGUCGAAAAAACACCUAGCGGGGAACAUAUUUCCGAGGAAACAGGAUGCAUGGGCAAUGACAUAUCUUCCAAUGAGGAAUCAAACGAUUCCGAUUCCGAGGUUUGAAAGAUAUCAUAGUCGAGAGUGGUCAUCAGACCGCUAGCCUAUAUUUCAACGUCAAAAGUUUCUUUUACGGUUAUUCAAUUUUCUAUAAAAAACUUAAAAAAUUCCAUUCUAAAUAAUAAUACGACGAAAAGUAUAAUGCUUAAUAAACAAAACUAAAAAUAUUGUAAACAAUGUUUAUUUAAAACUGGUAACAAACAUCAGGCCUCCUACAUUCUACAUCGUAAAGUAUAUAUUUGUACAUAUUUGAAAAAUUUAAUUAAUUAAUAAUAAUACUUAGCCAAUUAAAUUUUACAAUGUAAACAUAUUGUAAUUUUACAGUGUAAUUUUACAGAUUAUUCGCUACAGGUUCAAUAUGUAAGAACACACUAAUUUAAGAACGUUCAGCCGCGUGUUUGUGUUUAUUAAGCAGAAAUGAAAAUUUGUAAAUUGAAUGAACAAUCGCAUAAUAAAUGAUAUUUAAAAGUUUUACGUAGAAUUGAAUAAAAUAAGUUUAAAAUAAUAUAACAAGUGGUUUUAUAUAUCGUUACCUUCAUAUUUUAUCUGUAUAUAUGUGUGUGUGUGUGUGUGUGUAUCUUCGCACUGUUUACUCUUAACACAUAUAAUUGUACAAAUAUAAGAAAUAAAAGUUAUUGAGCUGCGAGAAGUUUUCCGUAGAAAUUCGUAAGAUCUUGUCAUAUGUAAAACUUUUUGAUUUACAAAGUUUUACAUAACGCGUCAUAACAUUGAAUUACUUAUAAAUUUUGCAUUUUUUUAUUUUUUAUUAUUUUUUUAAAUUAUUCUAGUAUGUUACACACAUUUGAUAUAAAUGUUUUAAAAGAACAGUAUGUGCAGUAACGUGAACAAUAAUUCAGUGUGAAUAAAAUCUAGAAAAAAAUAGUAAAAGGUAUUUGAAUAAUUGAGAAAAUUUGUGCAGUGCGCACAAUACUGAUUUCAAUCAAUGUCGUAAACAUUUCAAAAGCAAGAAAACAAUAGAUUUAUAAUCUAGCGUUUUUUUUUUUUUUACGUUUAUAUUGCUAAAAUUUGUAAUGCUUAUAAAUUCGUGGCGUUUUCUAACAAAAGCAGUAUCGUUUACUUUUCUUCACGUUACUUUCAAGCGAAAGUGUAAUUGAAAAAUCUAAAAUUUGUGUAAUUGAAAAAUUUACUACUUCUUUGUAAAAACAUUUUUCGUUAUUAUAAGCAUAGUCAGUCAAGUUGUACAGUAUACUCGAAUACGUCAUUUGAAAAUCGGAUAGUUCGAUUCAUUCGGCGCAAUAUACAUGUACACAUCUAUUGCGCGGAUACAGUUCAAAACAACACUUUCUCUCUUUCGUUGAAGAAUUGGCAAUUUCUCAUUUAUAAUUAACAAACGCAUAUUCUUAAUACUCUUGUAAAUUUGGUAAGUGUGUUUGUUUAACUUCAUUGCUAGCGAAUUAAAUUAUUUUAAUGGCAACGUGAUCGAAAAAAUUUGUCAAGUAAACUACGAUAAAAAUUGUGCCCUGUAGAAACGUUAAUUGACUGAAUCGAGUUAUGUCCGUGUAGUGUAUGCAAGAAAUAUCGUGCUGUGUGUUGCGUCUCUCUCUUUCUCUCUACAAACGAGUCAAUUUCUAAUUAAAUCAAGUAAGAAAGAAGAAAUUAUUGGUUUGCAAUCGUAAUUUUUUUUUUUUUUUUCGUGAAACUCUAGAUUCAAGCGGAUAUUGGGACGAUAAUAUUAUUGUCUGUUUUGCGUCAAUGAUGCCCGGUGUUAUUAUCGGUAUAAUUCACAUUUUUAAUGUUUCUAAUGCCUUACAAUUAUACAAAGCGGACGUCGCAGUCCAAAAAGUUAUCAAGUGCGUGUAUCAUCCCUACGUUUAACCGAAAUGUCAGAAUGAACGAAAUAAGAUUGCAAUUCUAUCGCUUUUUGUACGUACUAAACUCACUAUUUCCACAAAAGCGCAAAUAAUUAUUAAGAGUAACGAUCAAAAAAUCUAACAUUGAAUAAUCAAAUAAUUUGUAUAAUAAGUACGCCGUCUAAUAAUCUACAUCUAAAGCAAAAGAAGAAAAAAGCAGCAGUAAGAGGAUUAUUUAUCGUCGUCGUCUAACAGCUGGAGUUACAUCUUAUGUUUAACACAUGAUAUAUUUUUUUUGACGGAGUAUAUAUACGAGUUUCCGGUCUACGUUUGCUU